AUGCUAGAAGUGAAAGGUAUUAUUGAAAUUGUAGGAGAUUCUGCUGUAGGUAAGACCGCAUUGGCUAUUUACAUUAAAAAAGAGCUAAAGACAUUGUAUAUUUGUUCAAGAAUAUCGAAGAAGGGCUGGUUUCCAGAACACUUCAUAAUUGAACGGAUCGAUUCUUUCCUUGGACUCAAAGUAUUCAUAGCUAAGGAUCUAAAAAGAAUAGUUAAUGCCCAGAAAAUAGAGAAAAUAAUCUUAGAUGGACUGGAAGACUAUCUUUACAUUAUUGAGAAGCCUAGAAAACACUCGAAUGAAAUCUUCCGGAUAGUCAAAAUAUUGAAGUAUCUUUACUUUGCUAAGAAUGUAAGUAUAAUUAUAAUAAACAACAGCUAUGGCAAGUGGGAAGUUGAUGGUGUUAGAAUUGCUAAUAACUACUUUGGAUUGCCUUGGGAAUACAUGAUUAAUGCAAGGUAUCUUGUUUCUAGAAUAUACAACCAAAGAUGGGUUGGCCUGGUAACAGGAAAUACAAAUAUACAUAAAAGAUUUUACAUUGAUGACUUAGGCUUACAUUUUGAAGACUAG